AUGGCUCAGGAGGAGCUUCGACCAUCUCAGCCGGGGAUAAUGAGCAAAAGCCGACUGAAUCCGUCAACAUGGUGGUCCAAUUUAGACUUGGACUCUCGGACUAUAUUCAUGAUGCUCAAAGGCGCUUUAGCACCCACACUCACGAUCGCGAUAUACCAGAGUGAUGCGGUAUCAAAUAUCACUACAACCAUUGGCUACCUCUCAGCCUUGAUGUCAGUAGUAGCACAAGGGCUCAUGCCCCGAGCAAAAUUUAUCAAAAUCAUGUUCUUCAAUCUAGCGGCCGUUUGUGUCUCUGCAUCACUCUGCUGCCUAGCCGUGUUCUGCGCAGUGAAAGCUAGAGAACACAAUAUCUCUCCUAAUGCAAGCGAGAGUGUUCGUGAUGGAUAUAGCAGUGAUGCGUGCGCAGUGGCCGGAAUAUGGCUUAUCGUCAUGAUUUGGGGUGCAAAUGCUCUUCGUGCGUUGAAACCAAUGGAGCUCCAGGAUCCUAUGGUCGCCUUCUCGAUCUUUGCUUGUGUCACUAUCACUCGUGCAGGCACAUUUGUCAAUUUAUCCGAGGGUCUCGCAUUUGUCUCGCGACUGUUGAAGGGCUUCAUGAUCGGGUUCGCCGUUGCGACUGGUGUCUCAUUAUUUAUUUUCCCAAUCACCAGCCGGGGAGACAUGUUUCACGAUCUCAAGCGUUACGCCGCGUCAGUCGAAGAAGUGCUCCAAUCGCAGAUAUCAUAUGUUCAAGGUAGCUCGGAUACAGGUUUAUUGACAGGGACAGGCCUUCUUCGACGAGCACGCACCGCUCAAAGCGCCCAAGAUGUGGCAGACGGUGAUGAGGCUGAUCUGCAAUCCAAACAAAAGCAGCUGCAGGGGGCAAUGACAAAACUCAAUGGGGUGCAUAACAAAUUACACGCCGAUUUAUUUUACUCCAAAGAUGAGAUCGCAUGGGGUAAAUUGUCAGCCGAAGACUUGGGCGGCAUCGCCCAUCUCUUUCGAAGUCUUCUGCUCCCACUGUCUGGAAUGUCGAUGCUGCCAGAAAUCCUGGAGACAAUUGUCAAGAAUGAGGCCCGUGACGAAAGAUUGCACGAUCUUGUUGAUCCAGAUGAAGGGGCUCUGAAACACUCGGAAAUCAAAAAGGUUGUGGAGACAUUGCAUGAACGGCUCGUCGACUCUUCAAAGCUUGUCCAGCAAGGUCUCCACUAUUUUCUCCUGGCAUUGGAGCUUGUUAAGCCUAAGCAUUUGGACAAGCAAAAAAAGUCUCGUGGUACGUCGGCUGCCAGGGACGAGGAAGCAAGGGGUGAAAUUCUCUCAGCAGUCCAUCCCAAUUUUCCUUCCCUCUUCGAGCAGGAGCUGCACAAAUAUCACUCACGUCGGAAACACCUGCCGCAGGCGCUAGCGUCGCUUGAGGCAUUUACUGUUUUGGAGAAGCAUGCCACGGACUCAGCCACCGGGGCAUCGCCGAAUAUUGUAGGAAAUCCAGAUGUGCGUCAGGAAUUCUUCCUGAUCUUAUACAUGGGCCAUCUUCAGGAUGACAUCUUGAACGCGACAUUGCAGCUGGUGCAAUUUGCAAGCAGCAAAAUCGCCGAGGGGACAAUGAAACGGAACCGAGUCAUCUUCCCAAAGCAAAAGUCGAUUCGAGCAUGGUUCUCAUUGAGCGCCGACAAGAAAGAAACCGAGACUUCGUCAGAGAGCAGGCAGUCAUCCAGUGUCGAACCUUCGACACUAUAUCAGGAUCAGCCGUCAACAAGGUUUCCAGAUCCGGAACACCUCCCGCCUGAGAAUAUCUGGGAGAAAGGAAGCACAAUACUACGUACCAUAUCCCACAUCAUCAAGUCUGAUCAGAGCAUCUUCGGGUUCCGUGUUGCCGCAGCUUCAUUCUCUGUCGGGAUACUUGCCUUUUUGCAUCAGACCCAAGACUUUUUUAUUCGACAGAGAUGUAUUUGGGCUAUGAUCGUGAUCGUCAUCGGGAUGAAUCCCACAAGCGGGCAGACCAUGUUUGGCUUUGUUGCUCGGAUCGUCGCAACAACCAUCUCUCUUGUGCUCAGCUUGGUCGUUUGGUACAUUGUCGAUGGCAAAACUGCUGGUGUGAUCAUCUUCCUCUAUCUUGCUAAUGUAUUCGAGUAUUACUUCUACAUCAAAUUACCGCAAUAUUUCGGAGCAUCAGUCAUUUCUAUCGUCACAUUCAAUGUCAUCAUUGGUUACGAACUACAGGUCCGCAAACUAGGAUUACCAGAGGCAACCUCCAAUGGCCAACCGUACUAUCCAAUCUACUUGUUCGGCCCAUACAAACUAGCAGCAGUAGCAGCGGGCUGCGCAAUUUCCUUUUUCUGGGUAAUAUUCCCAUACCCAAUAACCGCCAAAUCCCAACUCCGCAAACUACUAGGAAAAAGCCUCUUCGUCCUCGCCAAAUUCUACAGCUGCAUGCACACAACGAUCGAACUAUGGCUCAGCGACGAGCUCGGGACCCCAAGCGACCCAAAUUCACCAGCGCACAAACUCCAAGCAUCGCGCCACAAGAUCUUCAAAGAAGAAAUGCUGCUCCUUACCGGCCUCCGAGCACACAGCCACUUCACUACCUUUGAACCACCCAUCGGGGGCAAAUUCCCAAAACAAAUAUACGACAAUAUCAUCGCCGAGAUCCAGCGCAUUCUAACAAGCAUGUCGCUAAUGGCCCACACGACACAGAACCUCGAAGCUCUCGCCGUUGAAUCCGAACACUCAAGUACGGAAAAUGACGACCAGUGGAUGGCACAGUUGGCGGACAUAGCGUUGAAAUCGACGGAUUUUAAUUCCCACCGUAUCACCUCGCUGCUAUGCCAUCUUUCUGCAGCUAUCACGAAUGGUCAGCCGUUACCACCGUACUUGGCGACACCAGACUCAUUCCCGCUCGCGCGCCAGAUGCAGAAAAUCAAUGGGGAGUUGCUUAGUAUUCGACAUAUUGAGGAUCCUGCUUUUUCGGCUUUUGUGUCGCUAGAGGUUCUGAGAUCGGUUAUCAGUUUCAGUUUGCAGGAUUUAAUUGACAACGUUAAGAAGCUUGUGGGGGAGAUCAACUUCGACUUUCAUGUGCGACAGUCACCACGUUACGCCGAAUCGUCAAGACUCAUGUCUCAUGUCGACCACGAUGGGUCAGACCAUUAG